AUCACAACUCACAAUUACGAAAGCUAAACAGUUCUUUAACAAUCAAAGUAAGUUUUUUUCGAAGAGAAGAUUAGAAAAUGUCUAACAACAGUCAGAGCAUGAGCUUCAACGCUGGCCAAGCUAAAGGCCAAACCCAGGAGAAGGCAAGCAACUUGAUGGACAAGGCCUCCAAUGCUGCCCAAUCUGCUAAGGAAUCUAUCCAAGAGGGUGGACAGCAGCUGAAGCAGAAGGCACAAGGUGCGAGUGAGACCAUUAAGGAAAAGACCGGCAUCAGCAAAUGAGAAGCACGUUCUAAUAAUAAUUUAUGUUUUCU